UCAAUGAGCUGAUUUUUCUCUGAUACUUAUUCUGUUGCCUUUUUUGGAACAUCUUUCUUCUUUGUCAAGUUUCUUCCAACUACAUAUAAGUAGUAAAUAGGGCUUUAUGAUUGUUUUCUCAUAGCACAAACCUUGUUUGCCAUUGAGAGACAGCCCACAGCUUUGUCUUUCUGCUGCUUAAUUACUCAGAGACCAUGGAUGAAGAGAUAUUAAGUGUGAUUUCAAGUGGUGAAGGAAAUGCAACUUCAGAAGUUUCAGAUUCAAUCAGCACCAGUCACCCUGCAAGGAAACGCCAAAGAAGCGGCAGUAAUGGUACCUCAUCAAGAUUCAAAGGCGUUAUCCGACAGAAGAAUGGGCAGUGGGGUGCUCAGUUAUAUGCUAAUCAUACCCGGAUUUGGCUAGGAACUUUCAAAUCCGAAACAGAUGCAGGUAUGGCCUAUGACAGUGCAGCAAUCAAGUUUCGUACUGGAGACACUCAUAGGAACUUUCCAUUGACUGACAUCACAGUUGAGGAGCCAAAGUUUCAGAGCAAUUACAGUGCUGAAGCUGUGCUAAGCAUGAUAAGGGAUGGUUCUUACCAAUACAAGUUCAUGGAUUUUCUCAAGAAUAGCUUUAGAAAUGGCAAAGUAGAGAUUGAUCUGAACUCUGUACGGAAAUAUAGCGGUAAGGGGCUAAGCUGCAAACAGCUGUUUCAGAAGGAGCUAACACCAAGCGAUGUAGGGAAGCUGAACAGACUUGUUAUCCCCAAAAAAUAUGCUGUCAAGUACUUUCCACUAAUUGAGGGCAGCGGUAGCAAAGGAAGCGAUGCUGAGUUGAUUUUCUAUGACAAGUUUAUGAGACUAUGGAAGUUUCGUUAUUGCUACUGGAAUAGCAGCCAAAGCUUUGUUUUCACCAGGGGUUGGAACCGGUUUUUGAAGGAAAAAGAACUGAAAGCUAAUGAUGUGAUUUCUUUCUAUGUAUGUGAGAGCAGAAAGGAGCAAGAGGUGCAGAGAUUCUGCAUGAUAGAUGUGAACAACUAUGGAAACGAUGAUGCAUUGGCUGAGGCAGCCAAUCUGCAGGUUGGAAGAGAAGUGGAUUUGCAGCUUAGACUGGGACAUUGUUAUGCCUUUGAUGGUGGAAAGCAGGUGAAGCAAGAGCAAGAACUAAUGGCAGUAGAUGCAACAGAAGAUGUUAAUACCACAGGUUUUAAACUCUUCGGAAUGCAAAUCAACUGAAGCAGAGAUGCUUAAUUGAGCAUCACAGCAAAUGAUGGCUUGAAGUUUUUGAUGAGCACUUUUUUGCUGGAAAAAUUGUGGGUUUAUGUUGAACUUGUCAUCCUUUGAGAAGGAUGCUGAAGUUUUAGUUUUUGAAAGUCUGAUUCAAAAUUACUAUUAAGCAUGCUAGUCUGGAAUCCGUUUCUUUACAAGAAUUGGAAUGCUAAAAAAAUGGAAGUUCUCAC